GAUUCCAGUAUGCGUAGCUUUAGUGCUCUGUACGAUAAUUGUCUACGUCGCCAGCCACUGCUGACCAAGAUGGGCUGUUCUUUGGACUGGGUGAUCGUCUAGCGCAACGAGUGGAAAAGUACCGGCAAGACUGGCGAGGAACUAGUCGAAAUCGACACGGUCGAAGAAAACCGGUUAAUGAGCGAAAGUACAGCGAAAACAGUCCGUAUGAUGAUCUGGGAUUGCGACUAAAAAAUGACUACGUGUAGCCAUUUGUUUCAAUGCCCCUGUCCAAAGCGAUCACGAUUUUAUAUUGAAUUGCGACUAAAAAAUGACUACGUGUAGCCAUUUGUUUCAAUGCCCCUGUCCAAAGCGAUCACGAUUUCACUGCCAAUCGGUUGGUGGCCACAGUGUCAAAGGUUGCAACAGUUCAGCCAUGGCGACGUCGACAUCUGAGCUGCGCAAGGCUCUAUCCAAGUACGCGCUGCCCAGCGACCAUGAGCUGCGUCAUCUGCGCGCUGCAGACCCCACAACUUCCUACCGCGCGUCGUUCUUCCGCCUGCAGAUCGACGAGUUACUGGCCGCAACAGGUCGCAAACCCAGCGCCAAGGCGUCAUCGGGUCUACAAAACCUCUUGUUCCAAGUGAAGGAGAUCCUGCACAACCUGCAAGAGCAACAGGUCACUCAGGACGCAUUGCAGGCCCGAGGUCUACUAGUGCGCAACCACAUCAAGCGCAAGGAGAUCGUGCUGCCCUUCCAGCGUCCUGCACGUCUGGACAUCGUAGGCAGUUAUAUCCUGCAGAAUAUGGCCUACGCUGGCCAGAAGAGCGGCGACUACAGCGUCCUAACCAUCGACCUGGCAGUCGAGAUGCCGCAGAGCUGCUUUCUACCCAAAGACUUCGGUAAUUACCGGUAUUUCGACAAGCGCAACUUGUAUUUAGGCGUGUUGGCGUCCGAGUUACAGAGUCACACGGAGCUGUUCAGCGAAGUAAAGCUCCAGGCCUGGCACGGCGAGUAUGAGAAGACUGUAGCCCUGUUGCACGUGAGCUCAGCGUUCCUACGCGAGCACGGUAUCAAGGGCGGCAAGGUGCGCGUCCGCGUGCUUCCCGUGGCCACGACGGAGCUGUUUAAACUGGCGAAACUGGCUCCGUCGAGGAAUAACGUCAAGCACGAGCCCAAUAUGACGGAAGCGGAGAUGAAACAGUGUCGUACGCCCGUGUACAACAAUUCGAUUCUGGAGGAUAUGCUGCUACGGCAACACACGCGCGAGCUGCACGCUGCGCUGCAAGAGGCUCCUCAGCUGUGCGAGGCCUGUGUGCUGGCCAAAGUGUGGCUGAGGCAGAGAGGCUUCCACAAGGCCUCGGACUCUGUCAACGGCUUCCUCAUGAGCAUGUUGCUGCUGUAUCUGCUCCAGAAGAAGAGGAUCAGUGCGCAGACGCCGUCGGACCAGAUGUUCAAGGUCUUGAUGCAGUUCGUCGCAGUGCACAAACUGGAGAGCGAGGCGCUGCAGUUCCCUCCGAGCGAAGACGGCGUAGUGCUGACCACUGAGGGCUUGCAGACGUUCCGCAAGGCGUUCGAGCUCGUGUUCCUGGACUCUUCUGGCCGCUUGAAUCUCUUCGCACGCGUGUCGACGAGUGCGUGGCGAGAGCUGCGAGAAGCAGCCAAGGAGUCGGUCCGACUGGUGCAGCACUGUACCAUGGACGACUUCCGCUCGCUUUUCAUCGCCAAGCACGCGUUCUGGACGCGGUACGACCAGUAUUACUGGUUCCCUGCCCCCUGUCCCGUGGACGAUGCCGAUGAAGACACGUACACGUUAGAGGAGAAGCGAGAGAUCAACGAUAUCGGGUUGGAGAGGUUCUGGCGGCGUAAACUCGAGUUGGUGCUGUCCAGAGCGCUGACAGACCGUGUGAGUCUCGUGCGACCGGUUACCGAAGACGACGUGGAGUGGGGGAUGCAGGAUUACUCGCUGCCGACGCAGCGAAAGGUGGCUGUCGGACUGCGUAUCAACUCGGACAACGCGCUACGCAUCGUCGACAAAGGGCCGUCAGCAGACGACACAGUGGCGAGCAAGCAGUUCCGCGAGUUUUGGCGUGGGAAAUCGGAGCUUCGUCGCUUUAAGGACGGCGCUAUCAUCGAAGCUGUGGUGUGGGAAGGAAUCGGCUCGGAGAACCGACACCGAGUGCUGGACGCCAUCGUCAACUUCAUCGUGCCAGCUCACUGUCCUCAACUCACGUUGUCGCAGAUCAAGACGUCGAAUGCGGCGCUGUACUCGGCUCUGGACGUCCAGGACGCUGCCACUUUAAAGACCAAGACAGCGAACGCGUCGUUCGAGUCGACGAUGAACGCGGUGUCCAAGUUGUGGGUCGUUUUCAACGCGUUUGCCAAGACGCUGCGGGACUUGGACUCGUUGCCACUCAAGGUGUCAGAUGUGCUGCCCGUGCACGCUGCGUUCCGCUACACGAGUCUCUUCCCCGUACAGCCACACCCUCUGGCGUACUCGAAAGGAGAGAAGAUGGAUGCCGCGCCGAUGGCUCACGUCAACACCGUUCUCGAACCGCUAGUGCUACAUGUCAAGUUCGAGCGCUCUUCGGCUUGGCCGAGCGACAAGAAGGCGCUGAUGCACGCCAAGACGGGCUUCUACGUGCACAUCGGCCACGAACUGCAGUCCAGACUGAAGUUGCGAUGUGAAGUGGCGAAAGAGUGCGUGGAUGUGUUCAUGAAAGGCUACGUUUUCCGUCUGGUUAUACGCAGCGAGAAGGAGCUGAGUGUGGUCACAGGUGCUGCGGGAGCUAAGAAGCUCGCGAUUGUGCACUCUCCCGAGUACGUCAAGACGAAACGUGAGGCUGACUACGUAUCCAAGCACGCGAGUACGGUGCAUGCUCUGCAUACGAAGAACACGGCGUACGGUCCCACAGCUCGACUGGCGCAGCGCUGGCUGGCAGACAAGGCGUUGAGCAACGUCUUGUCGAUCGAAGCGGUGGAGCUGUUGGUAGCCGACGUGUUCCUGUCGUGUGCUUCUACGUCCGCUCCUCACUCGGUUCUGUCGAGUUUUCUCCGAUUUUUGAAGCGAAUGGCGAGUUUUGACUGGCCGAAUGUGCCGUUUAUUGUGGAUCUGAACGCGUCAUUGGACGACGACAAGCGUCGAGAGAUCCUCAAGCGCUUCGAGGCGUCCAGUACGAGUCCAUCCACCCACCCUGCCAUGUUCAUUGCUGCUGAUUAUGAGGAUAUGGACUGCUUGUCGAGCUGGACGCGGUUCACGCCGGACAAAGUGGUGGCGCAGCGCUUGGUUUCUUUAGCUCGCGCGUCGUACGACCUGUUGGUGCAUUGGCUGGCGUCUGGCGCGUCGUCUUCUGGCUGGAAACCCGCCUUCUCGUCGUCCAAAAUGGAGUUCGAUGCGAUGCUCCAGCUGGCUACGGAGAACCUCCCGACCAAGAGGAUUCGCGUGGAUGGAGACAAGAAGCAUCCGUUCGUGGCGUCGGUGUACAAGAACAUGGAUCUGACGGCUGUUCCGGUGAUGGUUGGGUUUGAUCCGGUGCACGAGCUACUGCAGGAUCUGCAGCGAGCUUUCGGCCACUUGGCUUUCUUCUUCGUGAACGGCGUUGAGACGACGGAGAUCUUGAUCACGUGGAAGCCACAAGCUUUCUUGCCAGCGAAGUUCCGUGCUAUCACAGCGAGUUACCAGAUGCCACUUCCCACUUCGGAUGGAGACGAAGACUCGACACGCUGCUUUGCUGUGCCGAACGUGUUUGAGAUCCUUUCGGACAUGCAGAGCAUCAGCCAUGGGAUGGUUGUCGGGGUCGCGUUGCAGCCAUUCGAGACCUGUUAG